AUGGCACUCGACCGAUUGAAGCAAGCAGCCUCGCACAUUACGGGUGUUGGAGAGCCACCACACCCAUUUGAUCCUUUGAGCGAGUCGGAGAUUGAACGCGCAGUCGCUAUCAUCCGGAAAGAGCACAGCGAUGUGUUCUUCAACGCCAUCAUCUUGUUGGAGCCGCGUAAAGCGGAGAUGAUGAGCUGGGUGAAAGAUCCCGAGCACACUCCACGACCACAUCGAGUCGCUGAUGUAGUCUGCAUUGGUCGAGGCAGCAAAGUGUAUGACGGACACGCAGAUUUGACUGAAGGCAAGAUCAUCAGCUGGGCGCUGACUGAUGAUGUGCAGCCACUUAUUACAAUGGAAGACCUGCAAAUUGUCGAGACGAUUGUGCGGAAAGACCCAAAGGUCAUCGAACAAUGCGGUCUGAUUGGCAUUCCACCAGAGGACAUGCACAAAGUGUACUGCGAUCCCUGGACGAUUGGUUACGACGAGCGUUUUGGAACUAAAGUUCGUCUUCAGCAGGCGCUCAUGUACUAUCGCCCACACCCCGAUGACUGCCAAUACACGUAUCCAUUGGAUUUCUGCCCAAUCUACAACUCGGACACUCAAGAGAUCAUUCAUAUCGAUGUCCCACCUGUUCGGCGACCACUCAACCAGGCCCCACCAAACAACUAUCACGCGGCUGCGAUUGAGGCUGAGGGUGGGUUCAAGACCGAUCUGAAGCCCAUCAACAUAACACAGCCAGAAGGCGUCUCUUUUAAAUUGGACGGCAGAUACAUCAGCUGGGCGAACUGGAAGUUCCACAUUGGCUUCAACUACCGCGAAGGCUUGGUUCUGUCAAACAUCACAUUUGACGACAAGGGCACUGUUCGCGAUACGUUCUGGCGCCUAUCGCUCGCAGAGAUGGUCGUACCUUAUGGCAACCCAGAACACCCACAUCAGCGUAAGCACGCUUUCGAUCUGGGAGAAUACGGUGGUGGCUACAUGACCAACUCACUUAGCCUGGGCUGUGACUGCAAGGGCGCAAUUCACUACAUGGACGCUGCCUUUGUCAACCGCGCCGGACAGGCUACAACGAUCAAGAAUGCUAUCUGCAUUCAUGAGGAAGAUGCCGGUAUCCUGUUCAAGCACACAGAUUUCCGCGAUGACAGUGUUACGGUUACUCGUGCUCGCAAACUUAUCAUCUCGCAAAUCUUCACAGCUGCAAACUACGAGUACUGCGUAUACUGGAUCUUCCAUCUUGACGGAACCAUCCAGCUGGAGAUCAAAUUAACCGGUAUCUUGAACACGUACGCGAUGCUCCCAGGCGAAGAUCUGAAGGGCUGGGGAACUGAGGUGUACCCUGGAGUGAACGCGCACAACCACCAACAUCUCUUUUGCAUGCGCAUUGAUCCCAACAUUGAUGGACCAGAGAACACCGUUUUCAUGGUCGAUGCGAUGCGUGGCGAAGGCGAAGUUGGCAGUGCAGAGAACAAGUACGGCAACGCUUUCUACGCGAAGAAGACGAAGCUCAGCACCCCUGAGCAGGCGGCAACGGACUAUAAUGGCGGAACGAGCAGAACAUGGGAGAUGGCCAAUACAAACAAGCUCAACCCAUUUAGCAAGAAGCCAGCUUCCUACAAACUGGUCAGCAGGGAAGUGCCCGAUCUACUACCCAAGCCUGGAAGUUUGGUAUGGAAGCGCGCCGGUUUCGCAAGGCAUGCGGUACAUGUCACAAAAUACGACGACACACAACUCCACCCAGCAGGCCGUCACGUUCCGCAAACAUCUGGCGAGCCAUCCCAAGGCAUACCCGCCUGGAUCGAAGCCAACCCCAACGAGAACCUCGACAACACCGACGUCGUGCUAUGGCACACAUUCGGCAUCACGCAUUUCCCUUCACCGGAAGACUUUCCGAUUAUGCCUGCUGAGCCCAUGACGCUGUUAUUGCGACCACGCAACUUCUUCACACGUAAUCCUUGUAUGGAUAUUCCGCCUAGCUAUUGCAGUGUUCCGAGUGGUGUUAAGCAGGGGAGUACGCUUGUGGAUAAGUUGAGUCGUAUGGCGUUUGGUGAGGAGAAGAAGCCUGAGAGUGCGGCGUCGGCGACUUGUUGCUCGGACCAGAAGUUUGGCGCGGGCGUAUAA